AUGUCCGGCGUCACAUCGCGGCUGUCUGGCCUGCUGGGCCAUUUUUCGGGCUCUACAGCACCGGCACCCUUCGAGCACCGCUUUAACCAUCACACGCUUUCGCCAACCUUCUUCCUUCCCCGAGCGGCGGCAAUUGAGCCUGAUGCCGAGGCGGUCUACCAUGUUACCGCAAACAAUAAGAUCCUCCGUAGGACUUACAGCGAAACCGCAGAUCGCGCGCGUGGCCUGGCGUACUUCGUGAAGAAGAAGGGGUUCCGAAGAGUCGGUAUUCUUUGCCCCAACACACCGGCCUUUUUGGAAUCGAUUUUUGGGAUUGCCGCGGCUGGUGCUGCGAACGUCGGUGUUAAUUACCGCCUCAAGCAAGAGGACAUUACCUACAUCUUCGAGCACGGCGACGCGGACGCGAUCAUCGUGGAUCAGGAAUUUGCACACCUCCUCGACACUUAUCGGUCGCAACAUCCCAGUGUUCCCAUAAUCGUGGAUACUGAUACCGACGUUACCGAAGGGGAACUGACGGGUCCCUUUGACGAUGCAGUGCUAGAAGGGUUGAAGCAUGACCUGGAGACUGGCGCGCGGGGCUGGGCGGGCCUGGAGGCUCAAGCGGCGGACGAGGACUCUUUAAUUGCACUGGCAUAUACCAGCGGCACUACUGCCCGGCCCAAAGGUGUUGAAUAUACUCACCGGGGUUGUUAUUUGGCAGCGCUGGCUAAUGUUAUUGAGUCCGGCCUGAACUUCCACCGUGGCCGGGCAAAGUAUCUGUGGACAUUGCCCAUGUUCCAUGCAAUGGGAUGGACAUUCCCGUGGGCCGUAACCGCAGUUCGCGGCACUCACUACUGUCUCCGCAAGAUCGAUUACCCCGAAAUUUGGAGACUGCUGAAGGAGGAGCACAUCAGCCAUUUCAACGCGGCGCCGACAGUCAACACUCUUCUGUGCAAUGCGAAAGAGGCCGAGCGGCUCCCGGAGCCCGUUCGUGUUACCGUGGCAGCCAGUCCACCAACGCCUCAUCUAUUCGAGCAAAUGACCGACCUUAAUCUCCAUCCGGUCCACGUUUACGGGUUGACCGAGACCUAUGGGCCGAUCACUAAGGGUUAUUAUUUGCCCGAAUGGGAUCACAUCCCAUUGAAAGAGAAGUACCAGAAGAUGGCCCGACAGGGACAUGGCUUCAUCACUAGUCUGCCCGCACGGGUGAUCAAGACCGCGGUGCCUGAGGGAAUGAUCACCGAUGUCCAGCAAGAUGGCAAGGAGAUCGGUGAGAUCGUCUUCUUCGGGAACAUCUGUGCCAAGGGAUACUACAAGGACCCGGAUGCUACUAGGAAGCUCUUUGCAGGCGGGGUAUUGCACUCUGGGGAUCUGGCUGUCUGGCAUCCCGACGGCGCAAUUCAGAUUCUCGAUCGCUCGAAGGAUAUCAUUAUAAGUGGUGGGGAGAACAUAUCGUCCGUAGCCUUGGAGUCGAUGCUAGCCACACACCCCGACAUCCUAGAGGCCGGAGUCGUGUCGGUCCCCGAUAGCCACUGGGGAGAGCGUCCGAAGGCAUUUAUCACAGUAAAGGAAGGCAAGAACCUGGAGGGUGCCGACGUGAUCAACUGGGCUCGGAAUGCCAGCGGAAUCAGCAAGUUUAUGAUCCCACGUGAGGUCGAGGUGGUGGCGGAGCUUCCCAAGACCAGCACGGGCAAGAUUCGAAAGAAUGUGCUGCGCGACUGGGUGAAGGGGCCGGAACGGAAUACUGGGAAUUAA